AUGACUUCCCCCUCCUUGCUCGGUCUCCCUACUGAGCUUCUUCUGCUUUUGUCAGGGCACCUUUAUUCCCUGAAAGAUCUCUAUACGCUGGUGCUCACCUCCAAGAGACUGUAUUACAUUUACAAGGAUACAUCCAAACACGUCCUUCGACUGGCCGUCAAAUCCCCUUUGCUAGAGCCAUCUCCCCAUUUCCUCGUGGCCUUCACUGCUCGCAGGGUGGCGGACUGGGCUGUGCAGAGCAAUGAACGGAAGCAGAAGUUGCAUCAAACCCUCGGUGGGGGGAUGCAGUCACUCCUCAGCCUUGCAAUUGAAGUGGUCGAUGAUGGUAUAACUCUGGACGAUAUCCGUCAGGCGUGGAAAUACAAAAUGGAUGUUCUAAACCCUCUCAGUGAGGAAAUUGAUAUGAUAUGCGGUCCUUCCUCGUAUGACGAUGAUGGUGAAAUUCUCGAUAAUAUGAUAAUCUGCCAUGAUACCGAAAUUGCCCUCUACAACUGGAUCAUCUUCGGGGACUUGUUUCACCAUUCCAUAUCAGCCAUCUAUGAUGACCCGCGGCCCGCUAUAACCCCAUUGUCAAGCGCAACGCGGUUCAAGUUUCUAAUCGACUGCCUACCGGACAGAAUGGCAUUCGACAGCACAGUGGGUUUACCCCCAUGGUUUGAAGAAUAUCGCCGAUCCGGUCAGCGUGAUACAUAUCAGCAAUGGAGUUUGAUUGCGGCCACAAUGAAGUUCUUGGGUGAGAAAAGGUGGACGGAAGCUAUGGGGCAAGACGCUCCCUUGCAGAUGAACAAGCGAGUAUAA